AUGGAGUAUUUAAGUUCAAAUUUUAUAGAUCGGUCAGAAGCUAAUACCAGUGAAGCAUUUGAAAAACUUACCCCAGAGUUUUUGAGCUCACUAACAACAUCAGGUCUUCCUAGCCAUAAAAUCAAACUCAAGAUUGGUACUCCGAUAAUGCUUUUAAGAAAUUUAGACCAAAAAGAAGGAUUGUGUAAUGGUACUAGAUUAAUUGUCACAAGGCUGGCAAAUCAUGUGCUUGAAGCAAAGAUCAUUUCUGGGAAGAAUAUCGGAAGCAGGAUCUACAUUCCACAGAUGUCUUUGUCUCUGUCUCAAUCACCAUGGCCAUUUAAACUUAUUAGAAGACAAUUUCCUAUAAUCGUCUCGUAUGCUAUGACAAUCAAUAAAUCACAAGGUCAAUCACUCGACUACAUCGGGUUGUACUUGUCUAGAUCAGUGUUUAGCCAUGGCCAACUAUAUGUGGCGAUUUCCAGAGUUAAGAGCAAGCAGGGUCUCAAGAUCUUAAUACAUGAUGAUGAAAGACAGUCACUCAACAUUACCACCAACGUUGUCUUUAAAGAGGUCUUUCAAAAUCUUUAA